AUGCCUGAGGCACUCGCCGCCACCGUUUGGCAGAAGCUGAAGGAGACGAAGUGCUGGUCGAAUAAUAUCGAGCUGAGCGGAACGGUGUGGUUCGGCAAGGGCCCAGAUGCCGACUUCGGACUCACACUCAAUCCAAUCUCGCUCCGGAAAAAGAGCGGGAGGUUUGCGGCUAGGUUCGGGUCCGAUCGAUUUCUCAUGCUGAGGCUGCCCACGGUGCUGUCGAAGGAAAGAGGCGCGCAGGAGAAGCGCGAGAAUCUCCUCGAUUGGCUGGAUAAGGAGCUGAAGCUCCUCAACAGGACCUGGAGGUGCUUCUACAUCCGCGACGGCACCAAGACGAGCAAGGUUGCUGGCACCAUGGUCAAGGAAGACUUCAUCCUGGGAUACUUCUUCGCCGAGAAAGGAGUUGGGAUUGGGAACGUGUCGUAUCGGAUACUAUGUCGCAAGGAGAUGGUCCGCGACGCGUUGGUCGAGUGGCACAUGCCGCUCUCGAAGCAUCUCAAGACGUCCUUCUCCAAGGUCUGGUCGCGAAUUAGUCUAGGAUUAUCCGUAUCGAUGCCAACUGUCACUUUCCUUCCCCGCCAGAUUUCACCACUCCCGGAUAUAAUGUCGCCCACAGGCAAGGUCAUGAACGACGGGUGCGCGGUGUGCUCGCCGAAGGUGAUGCGAAUAAUCCGCGAGCGGCUGAACCUGACAGAGACGCCCACGGCGGUGCAGGGGCGUCUGGGCGGUGCCAAGGGCGUGUGGUUCGUCAAUCCCGAUGACGACGACUACUCAGAGGAGAUAUCGAUCACGUAUACCCCCUCGCAGCUCAAGUACCAGUUCCACGAGCAGGAUGAGGACGACGACAAAUGCGACUGGGCGCGCAUGACGUUGUUUGUGCUCAGUUACUCGAAGGAGCCCUCGCCAGCCGCCCUCAAUAUCCAGCUGGUGCCGAUCCUGAGCAGACAGGGCGUGCCAUUCGAGGCGUUCAAGGAGCUCAUAGAACAGCACCUGGACGAGGACCUGGAGCAGCUGCUGAAUGCGGCGUCGAACCGCGCGAGCUUGCGGCACUGGCUCGGCAGUCACGGCCUCGAGGAGCGGUACAAGAACUGGGAGAUUCCGGUGUUCGAUAGUGGCGCGCCGCUCAGCAACGAGGAGCAGAUCGCGAUGCUAUUGGAUGCUGGCUUCGAUCCUAUUGGCUGUGGAUUCCUCAUGCAGAAGCUGAAUGCCAUCGUCAGUCAGCAGUGCGAUAAACUCCUGGAGAAGCUCCAUAUAAGAGUCCCCUGCUCCGCCACGGUGUAUUGUAUUGCUGAUCCGACGGGUACCUUGGCGGAGGGUGAGGUGUCGCUGCAGUUCUCAAAGGGCUUUGUGGAUCCGAUCACCUUGACGCGGCGGGAGUGCAUAGAGGGUGAUCUGUUGGUGGCCAGAAACCCGGCUCAUCUGCCAACGGAUAUACGGAAGGUCAAAGCAGUUCUGCCGAUGCAUUCUGGCUUGCGACGGUUGAAGGAUGUCAUAAUCUUCUCCACCAAAGGCAACACCCCGCUGGCCGACAUGCUCUCGGGCGGCGACUACGACGGCGACAAGCCGUGGAUCUGCUGGGAUCGGCGGCUUGUAGCUCCAUUCCAGAACAACCGGUCGUUUGCGGCAUUCCAGCAAUGGAAGCAAGACAAGUACUUCGAGCCGUGCGAUCCCGAGAAGCGGUUUCUUUACGACCUGCACCCUACCUACCCCUCGCCCCACUUCUACAAGCAGUUCUUCCGGCGCGGCUUUGCCUCCGCGAUACAGGAGGAGCUGCUGGGACUGUGCACGACCGCGCUCAGUCGCUACACAUACUUCGAGAAGCCCGGCGAGCUCGACAAGCAGCAGAUCCACCUCGCCAAGCUGUGCAGCGUCCUGGUCGACGCGCCGAAGCAGGGCAUCCGCCCCACCAAGGAGACGGUGGACUCGAUCUACGCGCUGCUCAACAGCUUCAAGGGCAAGCCGGCGUACAAGGACCUCAGCAACGAGGAGGGCAGCCACCCAUCAGGCGACGCGGACGAGUGGUACAUCCUCGACCGCCUGAUCCUGGACGUGGGCCAGCGCAAAGUCGCGGAGAAGAAGCAGCAGUUCAUGGACCUGCAGGAGCGGCAGACGAAGUGGCCGGACGCGCACCUCUCCAAACUGUGGAACGACGUCAACAACGAGUGCCACGCGACAAGCAACAAGUCCCUGCGCCGCCUCCUCACCCGCCUGGACGAGGACCUGCACAACGUCUCGCGCGCGUGGGAGCGCGCUAUGCGCACCAACCGAGCCGGGAACUUCCGCGCCGCGGCGGAGCCCGUCUACGCGCUGUUCAAGUCGAUCCGUCCCGCGCCAGACGAGGAGAUCAACGCCGACCGCCGCAUUAAGGAGUGGUACGAUAAUGGCGAGCAUCCCUGCUCCGAGUGGCGCCUGCUGAAGGCGUCGAAGCUGUUUGUUAUCUCGUGCACCUCGAGGCUCGCUUGGUGGAUGGCCAUGCCGGAGCUGUGCUACCUCAAGGCGAGGGAGUCGACGAGGGAGCGCGGUGGUCAGGCGCCGAGGAUCGUGUGCGAUGAUAUGUACCUCAUCUUGAAGCCUGUGGCCCCCGCGCCCAGGGAUGAGGACGAUUGA